AUGGCAAAUCAAACUUUUGAUGAAAUAUUUCUUGAACUCUACUUGGCUAAUCUCAAAGAGAAACACAACCAUGAUUUCUCAAGAAUAACAACAACACCAUCAUCAUUCUCCGGAUUGGGGUUUUCGGAAGAAGUACUACCGAAACUCAAUGCUAUUCAAGAUAUUCUUGGUAUUUCAAUCUCCAACAAUGAUCCCCUAUUCAACCAUAAGAUCACUCCUUUACGUUGCCAUUUGCUAGAAUUUGCUUUUGCAAAAGAUGAAUCAGCAAUGAUGGCAGUUUGCGGGAAGCUUGUAAAAAUGUUGAAACUUCGAGAAGAGCUCCGGGUUGGUGUUCUUUUUUCUUGCUUGCUGCCAUUGCUUUUCCCUGAGUGUACAUUACCAACGUUUUUUUCUGAAGCCUCAGAGCUGCAACAAACACAAAGUUAUGUCGGGCAUUUAUUGAACUUGGUUUCUCUAUUUCCAAACAGCAGUACCAACUCAGAUGUUAUCAUUUCUCAAUUUACAACGGUAUCCAAAUUUUUUGACGAUCAACCAGAGUUUUAUUCUCUGUUUGAAUCAUCAAUUCGUCCUGAUCGAACGGUUGCAUUUGAUUGGACAGUCAACAACACCACUUGCAAGAUUAUUAAAUACAUUAGCGAGAAUGCUACAAAUGAUGGUUGUUCAAUACAUAAGGAUUUUUUGAAGGUUGUUACCUUAAUGAGACAUGCACAUUCAAAGAAAAUGGACUUUUGUUUCAUAGAUCAGGAAGAGGAUUUUCACAAACGUAUUCGAACCUAUGGCUUGUUGGUGAGCAAAGACAGGAUUAUUGUCUUGUCAUUGAGAUGUGAAGGAAAAAAGAGAAAGUAUUUACUUGCCAAAAUCGGUUCAUUUUGUACUACUCCUGGAAGGGAGAAGAGUUCAAAAGCAUCUCUUUGUGAGUUCAUACUUGCAACAGCAGCUGAAUCUGUGAAAGAAAAAGAACAAGUGGAAGAGUAUCUGCUUCGAAGAAAGACAAGAACAAAUGAAUCCUCAACUCCACUAAAAAAACAAAGAAAUUCUUUAGAAAUUAGUGACAUCUUAACUAUACAGCUGAAGGGGAAAAAUUAUCUAUCACUUAAGAUCACAGACAUUAUUGAUGACUGCCCUAAAAAACCAGUGUAUGAGGCCAUUAUUUCGAAUACUGAUAACGCUCCAAAGCUUGUGGUCAAAUUGAACAGAAACAACGACAAGGUUCAUCAUCCAGAAGGUUCUAUAUUUUUGGAAUAUAUUAAUGCCUCUGUUAUUGGAAAACCAAAACUCCGUUUACCUUGUGCUGAAGUUGCUCUGAAAGGUAUUCCAUUAAACAAGUUUAAAACAGAACAACGUUCGAUGAAAGCAAAGUUAAUUGAAGGAUUGCUUAAAGAGUUAAUGGAGAUCCACAAUCAGGAUAUGAUUCAUAAUGAUGUUAAACCACAAAAUAUUGUGGUCAUCCAUGAAUGUACUCCAAAACUAAUUGAUUGGGAAUUGUGUGAGAUUUUUACAAGCUACGACACAGAAAACGAGCAAUGUAUUGGACUUCAUGGCUUGCCUUUGGAGUCUGAAUAUGGUACAGAUAACUACAAUGCUCCAGAGAAAUUCUUAGACAAGUUAAUUUCACCAAAGAGUGAUAUUUUUUCAAUGGGACUUGUAUUCAUUGAAAUGGUGUUGGGAAAUGAAUUGAAUGACAUGGAGAGGAAACUGUGUAUUACACAUUCAAAGAAAUUUUGGAAUUCAAAACUCAAGAAUUCAUGCAAUCUCAUCCGAGACAACUUGUUUGAGACAUUGCAACUCAUGAUAAAUGCAGAAAAGAAGGAACGACCCUCAGCUGCAAAUUGUUUGGAAUUGCUUGGGUUUCACAGCGAUGAACAAGAGAUCGUUGAUCAUUUCAAGCCAUUUGAGAGGUAUUAUACAAGGUCCAAUGGGCCAAAAUUUUGCAAGAUUCAACCACGUAGACUGUUUGAAACAUCUCCGCAAAACGAAAGUACCAACAAAAGAUUGAACCAUGUUUUAGGUGAUGGUAUUGAGGAAGAACCAGCUUCUAAGAAAAUCAAAUAG